ACUGCUGCCAAAAAUCGAAGAUCGUGUUUCGUGUUUGCACUUAGCAGUUUCAGUUUUUAAUUUCUUUAAAAAAAAGAGUAACGACUUCUAUAUUCUUGUAGUAUUUCAGGAUAAUUUCAUACAUAUCAAGACAAGAAAUACACAGACUUAACUAGACCAAAUUAAAAUCAACCAGUAUUUUAAUUUUAACUGUACUUUUUCGCCUUAGAGUCGGAAAUUAUGAAACGAGCGUGACGGUUGACCGUGUUGUUUGACUAGAACGCUGACCAGACCGAACUUAUUUCCAUUAUUUACAGCAAGAUGAAUAAUAUGCGUGGUGUCGAACGCAAGGAAGAAACUCCCCCCUACUCAAGAUUAUUUGUGGUAUGUAGUAAGCACUUAAAAGAAGAUGACCUGAGAGAAAGGUUUGCGAGCUUUGGUGCUAUCGAAGAUCUGUAUAUACCGAAAGAUCGCAAUACGGGAGAGUCCAAAGGUGUUGCAUAUGUUAAAUAUCUUAAAACCUCUUCAGCUGCUGCUGCUAUCCAAGACUUGCACCAGAAAGUGAUCAGUCAGGAUAACAAACCCUUAAAAGUCAUGAUAGCAGUGAAUAAGAAUGAGAGCCCCACACAGAGCGAUAACGAAGACAGGUACAGACGCCUUUUCAUAAGAGUCCCCAAAGACAUCACAGAGUCUGAAGUGAGACAACACUUUUUAAUUUUUGGUCAUGUUGAACAUGUUCGCUUGCAGAGAGACAAGGUGACAGAUACAUGCAAGGGGUUCGCCUAUGUGCAGUAUAGGACAUUUUAUGAUGCUGCUAAAGCUUUUGAAGAGUGCGAUCGAAAUUAUAAACCUGUAUUUGCUACACCACGUGAGGACUUGAAACGCAGUCGUAACAGUGUUGAAAUGUGGAACGAAAAUAAUGGUAAUUUUAAUAACUUCAAUGGACCUAAGUAUACCCAAAAUAAUGACAGGAACAGUCUAUCUAGAACAGAUUAUAUUGCUCAAGAUAUUCGAAAUAACUCCCUGUCUUCUGACUUGCACGAUUUUAACAAAAUUGCUGUAGUGUGCAGCCCUCAAGUGCCACAGAAGUACAUCAAGAAAUUAUUUGCAAUUGUGCCAGGAAUGCUGCAAUGUGAGUACUCAGAGGACGCAUACAAUGGGAUCUCCAAAGCCUUGAUCACUUAUGAAACAGCCAAUUCAGCCGCUUACGCAUUGGAGAAGUUAAACAACUUUGAGUUUCCAUCAGGAGAGAUAAUCACCGUAAAGCCAGAUAAAAACCCUUUGAGCAAGGCUGCUGACGAUCUAACAGAUAUGGUCAAUAGCUUUAAAAAUGCUGUUGAUUCAGGUACUCCAGACUUGAUGCAAUUGGCUAAUGUUAUUGCCCGUGCAUCUUCUUUGAUCAAAUCGGUGUCUCUGACCACAGGUCAUCCUGAGUCGCGUGUUGCACGGUCUAAUAACUUAGACUGCAAUGUCACAUUGCCCCCACCUAUGCCAAUGGUUGACCACAACAGCAGGGUUGCUCAAAGGUUGUUCAUUAUUUGCAAGCCUCAACCUCCGCCCAUAUCCACAUUACAGGAUGUGUUUUGCCGUUUUGGAGAUCUCAUUCAAGUCUCCACUAUUCCCAAUAAAACUUUUGGGUUUGUUAAGUAUGCUUCCGAGAAAGCUGCACAGGAGGCCAUCAACACCUUAAAUGGUGCUGUUGUGAGUGGUAUACGACUAAAAGUGAUGGAAGCUGAUGAAAGGCCAGGGAGAGACGAGCGGGUUACUGAAACAGGUGACCAGAAUACUGACUAUGAUAUGGACAGCAAGCGAAUGAAACUUGAUGACUAAGACCCUUGAUCUUAUAAAUAGACUUAAGACUUAUUAAAUUGUUUACUCGACUCGUGUGCAGGACUACAAUUUUACAAUUAUUUAUUUAAAAAA